UGUUGUAAACCUGCACCCUGCGGACUGAGGUGUUGUGUUUGUUUGGUGUUUGGCAGGAGGAGCGCUCCAACCGCGGGUUCUCCUGUGAGACCGGGCGUGCGUGCCAGCAUGGCGCGGAUACCGGCCCCGAACCCCGGCCUGCACGUGAUCAUGGUGGUCGCUCUCAUCGCAAGCGGCUCCCGGCUACGGGUGGAUGCCAACUCCUGGUGGUCUUUGGCCAUGAGUCCGAUCCAGCGACCGGAGAUGUUCAUCAUCGGCGCGCAGCCUCUGUGCAGCCAGCUGACGGGCCUCUCGCCGGGGCAGCGCAAGCUGUGCCAACUGUACCAGGACCACAUGGUCUACAUCGGCGAGGGCGCGAAGACGGGCAUCAAGGAGUGCCAGUUUCAGUUCAGCACGCGCCGCUGGAACUGCACCACCGUCGACAACACCUCCGUGUUCGGCCGCGUCAUGCAGAUCGGAGGCGAGAAUGCGGCCCGGGCGUCCGAGCGGGCGAGCAGUGGAUGUAGCGGCGGGCGUGCUGACCUCCCCGCUGCGGAUUGGCUGGGGCUGCUGCGCGGUGGUCUACGGCUGCCGAGGCUUUGCCCGAGUUCGUCCACUUGCGGAUGUAACUUCGCUGGUGGAUACGCCCGGACACUGAUGAACCUGCAGAACAACGAGGCUGGACGCCAGGUUAGGACACACACACACACACACACACACACACACACACUGAUGAACCUGCAGAACAACGAGGCUGGACGCCAGGCGGUGUAUAACCUGGCCAACGUGGCGUGUAAGUGCCACGGCGUGUCCGGCUCCUGCAGUCUGAAGACGUGCUGGCUGCAGCUGGCCGACUUCCGCCGCGUGGGCGACUUCCUGAAGGAGAAGUACGACAGCGCCACGGCCAUGCGCGUGGGUCGCCGUGGGAAACUGGAGCAGGUCAACCAGCGCUUCAACCCGCCGACCGCCACCGACCUCGUCUACCUGGACGCCAGCCCCGACUACUGCCUCCGCAACGAGAGCACGGGCUCGCUCGGCACGCACGGCCGGCUCUGCAACAAGACGUCCGAGGGUGUGGACGGCUGCGAGCUCAUGUGCUGUGGCCGUGGCUACGACCAGUUCAAGACCUACCGGCACGAGCGAUGCCACUGCAAGUUCCACUGGUGCUGCUACGUCAAGUGCAAGCGCUGCACCUCACUGGUCGACCAGUUCGUCUGCAAGUAGCCACGGACAGAGAG